UGGCAACACCCAGGCGGCGCUGGCAGGAACCGACCCAGGUGAGGGUGGAAGAGCCGGUCUGCGCCAGGGUCACAAGUGAUCGCCCUCUGCUCCCUGCCGCCGUGGUUGGAGGUGUGGGGGAUGGGACGGUGCGAGCUGCUACUUCCAGCCCGGGCAGCUCCUUGAGUUGGCAGCCCGCUGCUCCAGCGCAAGGCUCGGCCGGACCGCAGCUGGAAGCAAAACUGCUAUGAAGAUAAGAGGACAUGAAGGUGCACUUCCAUCUCAUUUUCCUGUUGCAUGCAUGUACUGUAGUUUUAGGACUUGAAAUAGUAACUGGACAGGUUUCCAAAGACUGCAUUCUGCCAUGCUCCUUUCCACAUGGUGAAGAAGUAGUAAUUCACUGGAAGAAAGAACUCCAAAAUGUGCACAGCUACUACAGCGGGCAGGACCAACUAGCAAGCCAAGACUCUCAAUACCGGGGUAGAACAGCUCUCUUUCAUGAGGGGAUUCCCAAUGGAAAUGCCUCCUUAAAACUGAGUAAACUGCACCAGACCGAUGAGGGCUCCUAUUCUUGCUAUGUGGGGACAAAACAAACGAGAACAGAAGUGGAAGUCAAACUGUCCAUACAAGCUCCCCCUCAUUACGCAAUGGAAUAUGAAAAACAAGACUCUGAGAGACAACUGAAAUGUUCUGCCUUUCUUGGCUAUCCUAAGCCUAAUAUUACAUGGCAAGAUUGCUGUAUAUCAAGGGAAGACACAAGAACCGAAAGAACCCAGGAUGGACUUUAUUCAGUUAGAAGUGAGAAGAAUAUUACAGACAAAGCUUAUUCUUAUGUGUGUCACAUUCAGUUUGGGGAUCAGAUCUGGACUGCUGACUGGAAGAGGGCAGAUCUACUUUGUAGAAGUGAGGGAGGUACCGCCAUAAUCCCAUGUGAAGUUUCUGCUGAAAGUUCCUCAUACACUAUUACUUUGAAAGCAAUAAAAAGUACAUCUACUUCUGUUCUGGCAUCCUUCAAUAGCACAUCAAGAAGCCCUGUACUUCUGCCAGAAAGAUUCUAUUUGGACACAGACAAACCACAUAAAUAUAAGUUAAGGAUAAGUGGCCUGACUCUAGAUGACCAGGGAGAAUAUCUGUGUAAUGUUUCAACACCUCAGUACACAAAACUGACUAUAACGACUUUACAAGUUGAAGAAAGAACAAGUACAAAUUCUGCUGUAUCUGGCACUGGCAUUGGCAUUGGCAUUGGCACUGUCAUCGGCAUCGGCAUUGUCAUCACUGUUAUUGGCAUUUCAUAUUAUUUAUACAAGAAAGGACACCCUAAACAAAACGGGAGUGCGGUAAAAACUGUGUCACCUUCAGAGGAACCAGUAGCUCUCCUCCCCCGGGAUAAAGGAUGGACUCCGGAGUGACUCCGCCAGGCCUAGGGAGAGUACUUAACCUUUUUCCCCGUGACCAAGAAAAUAAUCAGCAAAAUAAUUCUCUCAAGUCUCUCUCCAACUGUAUGUUUAAAAAAAACCCCAGAAAAUUCUUUGCCCUUUGAUUAUUCCAUAUAUAAUCCAUAUAGUUGUAUUAGAAAGCAAAUGUACAAGUAACUUUCUGAACAGAAUUAUUAACAAAGGGACAGAAGCUUGUAAAAGCAGAUGGAUGAAAAAGUGUCAUGCUUUUCACAAAGAUUGAUUGCAGAACAUGUUAAAGUUUUAUUAAAUAUGACAAAAUCUAUGUUGUAUCAAAAUGGUGAGAAAAAUCUUAUGCUCUUUGUGGUUCAUAUAUUUGUAUAUGGCUGUUUUAAUCAAACUUGGAGAGAAGGUGGGUCAAACUGAUAUCUAACUUAAUCUCUCUGGAAAGUAGUAAAAGUCACUGUAAACAUUUUACCUCAUAGUGAAUAAUACUCUUGAUAAUUUGCCAGUACACACACACACACACAUAUACACACACACACACACACACACACACACACAGUCAGGCCCUCUCAGAGGUCAAGAGAGGCCCGGGCCACUUCCAUUUUUUGAGGCUCAAAAUACAAUGCAAUAAUUUGUAAUAAAUGUUCCUUUUUUAUUUAACAAGUAAUUUUCUAGCUUUUUUCUUCUUCUUUCAAUCCUGUCAGUGUAUCUCUGUGUCUGUAUGUAUAACGUCGUUUGGAGAUAACAUCAAAAGUCUAAAUUUGAGACCCUCCGUGAAUGAGAGGCCCAGGCCAAAUGGCUUUCCUGCCCCCGCCCCCCCGCAAUGAUAGGCUCUGUAUACAGUGAGGGGGAGAAGGGGAGGGAGAGUGCUUCUUGUUAUUAGUCUGCAAAGUUCCCUUGCACCCAGAACUUUGUGGUCAAACUUCUCAAAUAAGCAUGCAACCCUAUGGCUGAGUACAAACAGUCAAAAAGCCCAAAGCUGAAUUGUCCUUGCAGAUUACUUUAAACUACACAGAUUAAAUUGAAACAGAAGUGACAGACAUUUACCUUUGAUUCAGGAAAUGCAGCCAUAUGCCUGCAGUGGCUCAGGCCAGAAGUCAGGGGAUGCUAGAAUAGGGGUCUCUAGCAUGUAGCCAUCAUGGGCUGUGUGUUCACUUCCCCUUUCUGCUGCUCCCAAGGUCUCUGGGAUUUGUGGUCCAAAAUCACAGUAGCAGAACUCUGCAGGGUUGCUUAUCACUUCCUCUUACUGUUUCCGGGUGCCUCUAGGAUUUGUUGUCUACAGUCACAGUAAGUUUGAGCAGGGGAAGGGGGGUUUCACUCCCCCCCCCGGCCUCAGACCCUAGCCAGGGUUUUCCUGGAGGGUGAGGGGCAGUCCCCUCCCUCCAUCCCUGCAGAAUGGGCUGCAUCCCCAGCCAGGCUUGCUCCCUCCCACCCCUUGUCAGCCAGCCCUCACUACUCCAGCUAGGGAGAAGAG